AUGCUACGUAUGGUUCCGCGAAUACCGAAACCGACCAGUGCCUAUGCCGCGCUUGAGGAUCAAGGCGGACGAAAGCAUGAAUUGAUCGAUCAGGCAUUCAAAUUCAGUGUUGCGUAUCUCGCGGAAAGAUCCUUCUGUCUCCGCCUUAGCGACACUAUCACUGACGGCGACCUCAUCGACACUGCAAUCUACCUGCAAAUUACACCUGACCUUCUCGAUUCGCUGCGCUUCAAGUUUUAUCAAUCAACUGAAGGAGCCCCAUCACACUUGGACAAUGUGCGACGACAACUCGGCGGCAAGGGUGAUCUCAUCCGCCUUUGGUUUCAGCUACGCAGCGGCAUCCGCGCGCAGCUUAUCGUACCGAAAGACUUCCCUGACCACAAGGCUCUCGGCAGCCCGGCUCGACGUACCUACAAUCUGAUUGCCUCGCUUGCGGCUUCCUCAUCGUUCGCCCUGCACCUUCCAGCCAAUGCAUUGCACAAGGUGCUGCUCAAUAUAUGCGUCAAUGCCAUCACGCAAUUCUCGGCGUUGACAGACAAAGAGCUUUAUUCUCAUGGACGUGCAGUACAGCUGCAGAGGCUGUACCGUGGCAAGGGUGGCAAGUUGGUCGACACCGGUGAUUAUGAUAGGCCUCCAGCAAACGGGCAACACAACAGAUCUAAUUCGCCUGCAAUGUCCGAGUCAGAUGCUGCGACUGUUGACUUCGACACCGUCCCGCGUCAUCAAGACUCGCCCCCGCAGUAUGCUGAGUGUGUUACCGGUCUAGCCAUAUUAAUUGAGUCGAUUUUGCCCAGCAUUCUUCAUUUUCGUAACGGAUACCGCGGCGGACCAGAGUAA